GAUACCCACAUAUGGCAUGCAUUUUUCGGAAUGCCAGGCAGUCUAAAUAAUAUAAGUGUGUUGGACAGAUCUCCAAUAUUGGAUAAGAUAAUCCACGAUAAUUUCCUGAACGGAACAUACUAUUUGAGAAAUCAACGUCGUGACCGAGGAUAUUUGCUAGCGAAUGGCAUCUAUCCCGAUUGGCCCAUUUUGCUAAAAACUAUAUCCAAUCCAUUUUCUGCUAAGAAACAAUUGUUUGCAAAAAUGCAAGAAUCUGCACGAAAAGAUAUCGAGUGUGCAUUUGGCAUAUUACAGCAAUGUUGGCAUAUCCUGAAAACUCCUUGUCGUAUUUGGGAUAUGCCAACAAUUAAUCAAAUUAUGAAAACUUGUGUUAUAUUACACAAUAUGAGGAUCGAGUACCGCGAUAACGUCGAUCUAGAUCAGCCAUUAGUUGAUGCUUCUCGAUAUUCGGAACAGUCAUCUGUUAUGCCUAUUUCUGGUGAUUGUUUCACACAGUAUUGUUCACAAAGAGCAAAACUCAGACGUUUCCGAGUCGGCAAUUUUACGUCAGGAUGUAAUAGAACACAUUUGGGAGCGUCGUGGAAAUCAACCGUAACAUUACAAAAGAUAUCACACAAAUACUCAUACUCAGUAAUUUAAGGGGCUGUCCAUAAAAGACGUCACGCUUUUUUUGACGAUUUUUUAUUCCCCAUCCCCCCUUUGUCACAAAUUGUCACAGAAGCAAAGACCCCCAACCCCCUAAAGUCACAUGUCACGAAUUCAAAAUAAAUAAAAUUCAUCUCAAUACAUACUCAAUAUGUAUGACAAACCAUACAAA